CUCCCUCUUCGAUCCCCAUUCCGAAUUUAUGACCGUUACACGAAACCCUAACCCUUCCCCCCCACCUCUCUCUCUCUCUCUCUCGAUCGAUCGAUCCAAAACCAUGGGGAUGUAAUAUCCCCAAAACCCUAGGAGUCGUCCCCUCGCUCUUCGUUCUCUUUCUCUUAAGUUCCUAUAUAUACAUCUCUCAGCCAUGGAUCCCCCCCCCUUUGCUCGAUCUUCGGCCCCUCGUACCGCAAGGGGUGAAAUUAUUGUAUGCGCCUGGUGUACUGUGCGUAGCGCUCCUAAACCCUAAUCAUGGAGAGUUCAAAAUCGGAAUUUGAUUCGUUGGCUGUGUUUUUCCACAUUCAAAGUUCUUACGUAUCAAAAUCAUAAAUUUCGGACACCUAUUUCUCAAGAAUCGGAAAAUGGUCCUUCUAUCUGCAGUUGGGUUUUGGAACUACUUGUGGGCCAAUAUUACUACAAGUAAUUUGCAGGUGAGAGAGUAGGAGAAGGCCAUGUUAGGGGGCAUUGCUCGUGCUCGGCUCGCAGAAGAGCGCAAGGCUUGGCGCAAGAAUCAUCCCCAUGGUUUUGUGGCGAAGCCUGAGACAUUGCCCGAUGGCUCCGUCAAUCUUAUGGUGUGGCGCUGCACCAUUCCUGGAAAGCAAGGGAUGGACGUGCCGUUAAAAGUUCAUGAUCCUGAAUUUUGGCUAGAAUAUGGCAUAGAGAAGACUGAUUGGGAGGGCGGCUAUUAUCCUCUUACUCUAGGGUUCAGUGAAGAUUAUCCAACCAAGCCUCCUAAAUGCACGUUCCCUCAAGGGUUUUUCCAUCCAAAUGUCUUCUCUUCUGGGUUGGUUUGCCUAUCAAUUCUCGAUGAAUAUCAUGGGUGGAAACCAGCCAUUACCGUGACGCAAAUUCUGGUGGGAGUACAGAAUCUACUUAAUCAGCCAAAUUUUGCAAGUCUUGCUCAGGGUACCCCUUGUCACCUUUUAACUCAGGAUGCAGCGGAGUACAAGAAACGAGUUCGAGAGCAGGCAAAACAAUACCAAUCAAAAGUCUAGUACCGUUCUUAUUUCGUAUUUUUGGGGGGGUUUAAAAACUGUCUUUUAUAUAGGUCUUUUUGAUCAUCAUAAACACAUCAUGUAAUAAAUUAGAGAUAACAUUUCCCCAGGGCUUGUAUGCAAACUUUGCUGCAAACCUAACUAUUUGAUGUUAUGGUUUUAUGAUUGAUAGUCUUUAUUGCAUGUUUGUGUUAAUGAUCUGCGAUUUGGUAAUGUUUUUACAUGGUAUUGUAACAA